AUGAGAGAGAAAGAGCCUUUGCUUUCUUUUUCAGAUCUUAAAAAGGGUUAUAGAAUAUAUCAAUGUUCUAUAUGCUUCUAUUCAACACAUUUCAAGUCUGAUUUCACCAAGCACAUGAGAGUUCACACUGGUGAAAAACCCUUUCAGUGUACCAUUUGUAAUAAGUGCUUUGCCUCACCCUCUAAUUGGAAAAGACAUACUUAUACUCAUAAUAGGAAAUCAUUUUUAUAUGUAGAAAAAAUGUAUUUUUGCUAUAACCUUUUGUCUUUCUUUUCAGAUUUUACCAAAAAGUUUAGAAUGCAUUAUUGUACUAUUUGCUCCUAUUCAACAUAUGCCACUACUAGUUUAGCCAAGCACUUGAGAGUUCACAGUGGGGAAAAACCCUUUCAUUGUACAAUUUGUGAUAAGCGCUUUGCCUGCCCUUCCAAUUUGAAACGACAUACUUUCAUUCAUAAUAAGAAAUCGUUUUUGUGAUUUAUAUAAAUUACAACAAGUGUUAUUUCUAAAUGAUAAUUUAGGUAAUUUCUUUUAUAAAAUUGCUUAACUUUAAGGGAUGAUAUUAAAAAGUAAACUGCUUACAAAUGAAAUUGAUGUUGGAUUUACUGUUUCUUAAACCUUCCAAUUGGUGCGAGCAUAUGUAAGAAAUUUCCUUAUUUGGCUACAUAUUUGUUGUUCACAUAAAUUAUUCCUGAUUAAAAAGUCUUUCAUUUGCUAUACAAUUAACAUUGGCUAAUCUUGGCACUUAAAUUUUAUGGCAGACUGUAGAUAGAACUACUGGCUAAAAUUUUACUAGUAAUAAAAAUAGACCCUUAUAGUUUUUAAAAAUUUUGUGUGAAGGUUAUGUGUUGAAAAUAUGGAGAAAAAACAAUAUGGUUCUUUUAAUGCUUUUCUUCUCAUGUUUAAAAAAAAUUAAAAUGCAUCAAUGUAGUAUUUGUUCCUCUUCAACACCUGCCUCAACUGGUUUAAUCAAACUGGUGAAAAACCUUUUCAAUGUAUGACUUGUAAUAAAUGCUUUGCUAAUCCUACUGAUUUGAAAAGACAUACUUCCAUCCAUGAUAAUUCAUAGUUUUUGUGAUUCAUGUUUAUAACAAGCAUACUUCUAUUCAUGAUGAAACAUGUUUUUUAUGUAUUUGUGUAAAACAUGCAUGGAUUUAUGUAAAUAACAAGUGUUCUUCAAUUUUGUUUUUAAUCAAUGUCUUUUAUUAAAUUUUUUGCUGAAGGAAUGUUAUGAUAUUAAAUAUUUGUGAAUAAAAUUCCUCUAUUUUAUUUUGUUUAAUUUACUGUGAAAAAGUUCCUUCUUUAUUUUUAAAAAUAUUAACUUUUUCAUCUGGUUAAAAAAAGAUAUCUGUAAUCAUAGCUUGAUACUCUAUGUAACUAAUUAUUUCCUCCAAUGCUUCAUGUCGUUGAUUUGCUUUUAAUAUUUUAAUUUUUGUUCAAAGAUUAUUCUUUCGCGAAGAAAAUUUAAUCCGUCAUUAGUGUUCUUUAUUUAAUUAUCACUGUUCCAUGAAAAUUGGUUACUAAAAUUUGUGUCUUAAGGAAUUUUUAACGUUAGUAAGCUUCAAUUAUUAGGAAAAUGUUUUAAAAAUAAAAUCUCCUAUUAGUUUCUUUGCUUUAUGAUAAGCAUAUUUUUUUUAUUUUCAAAGUAAAUAAGAUGUUGAUAAUUUAUUUAGUUAAGUUCUUAUGUAAAGAUUUUUUCUGAGUUUCUUCUCAGGUAACAUGGUGUAGCAUUCGUCAUAAAUAUUUACACUGAUUGAUUUUGGCAUAUUAAGUGCAUGUUUCUAUUUAUCGCACUAUAAUUAUAUCCAGUUCUUUAGCCGCCAAACUGUAUUCAACCAAGGCAUUUUGAAUGUGUUUAGUUGAUAUUUUUUCCCAUUUUUGUUUAGAUAACUGUUAUGAAAAUUGUUGUGAAAACUUAUAUUUUUAUUUCAAUAUUUUGGUUAUUUUAUUAUUAUUUUUUCUAAAUACAGUUGUUUACAAUAUCAUUAAUCCCUGCGCAAUUUCAUCAUAAUUUACACUGUUAAUUAGUUUUGUUACUUAAUUUUUAGCUUGUGUGGUAUGUUUUUUAUAAACUAAAUAGUUAAUACAAAAAGUUGCUAUUUUCCUUUAUCAGAAUCUAAACGGUUUUCUUAAGAUAACAGAAAAAAAAAGCAUUCUUAUAACUUGUCCUUUUAUUUUUCAGAAUAUUCCAAAAAACCUAGAAGACAUCAGUGUACUAUUUGUUUAUAUUCGACCUACUUUAAGGCUGACUUAACUAAGCACAUCAGAGUUCACACUGGUGAAAAACCUUAUAAGUGUGUCAUUUGUAACAAGGGAUUUGCCUGUCCAUCCAAUUUAAAAAAUCAUUCUUUCACUCAUUAUAAGAAACAGAUUUUUGAAUUUUCUAAAUAGCAAAAUGAUACAUGUGUAUAUCAUUUUAAAUGUUUGGUUUAUUGUUGCUGUUAAAAGAAACAACUGAAUACAGCUUAUUGUAUUUCUUACCUAUUUAAGAUCUUUUUGUACCUUGUGUGAAAGAGAAGGGUUUAGUAAAUGUUUUCUAUGGAAGAUAUUAUUGAUUUGAAUUCUGUUUCAUGUUUAGCUUUUGUUGUUUAUGGUUAGAUAACUCAUUCAAGCAUGAAGAACUGUUUUAUUAUGAUUAUAAGUUGGUUCUCUUUAAUCUUUGACUAGUCAUUAUGUAUGCUCUAAAGAAUGUACAUAAAUCUUGAAGCUUGUAUAUGUCAUAGCUGCAAAUAAAGUGUUUUAGUUA